CCCGGGGCACGUGCGCUGGCCAAGUGCUUUUACUGUAUAGCUCGGGACUGCAGCUCGUUGUGUGGCGAGGUUGUCUGCGCAGCCGGAGGAGCGUCCCCUGCGAUUUCCUAGACAGCACACACUCAAAAACUUGAAAUUUAUUCACAGCAGUUGAAUCUAACUCAUCUUUUUAAUCAUUGAAAUAUUGUCCAAGAUGAACUUCUUCCUGGAAACACUCAGAGUCAUUGGACUGGUAGUAUAUUUUACACUGGAGUAUUUUGUCUUAUUAUUCAUCCCUGUGCGGAAGAAGAAUGUGACUGGUGAAAUCGUGCUUAUCACAGGAGCUGGAAGCGGAAUCGGAAGGCUGAUGGCUCUGAAAUUUGCUCGUCUUGGAGCUACGUUGGUACUCUGGGAUAUCAAUGUAGAAGGCAACAAAGAGACAGCCAGAUUGGCAAGGAAAAAUGGAGCUGUGAGAGUGCACAACUACACUUGUGACUGUAGCAAAAGGCAGGAGGUUUAUCAAGUAGCAGAUCAGGUGAAAAAAGAAGUUGGUGAUGUUAGCAUCCUGAUUAACAAUGCUGGCAUUGUGACGGGAAAGAAAUUCUUGGAUUCUCCAGACGCAAUGAUACAGAAGUCUAUGGAAGUGAACACAAUGGCACACUUCUGGACUGUCAAAGCAUUUCUUCCAGCCAUGGUAGCUUCUAAUCAUGGACAUGUGGUGACUAUUGCAAGUGCAGCUGGCUUAGUUGGCGUCACAGGACUGGCAGAUUACUGUGCAAGUAAAUUUGCAGCAGUUGGCUUCGCUGAGUCUCUAGGUUUAGAGAUUUUGGCAUUGGGAAAGACUGGUGUUAAAUCCACAAUUGUCUGUCCAUUUUUCAUAAACACGGGAAUGUUUGAUGGCUGUCAAACCAAGUGGCCACGGCUCCUGCCUGUUCUAGAUGCAGACUUUGCAGCUGAAAGAAUUGUCUCUGGUAUUCUGCGAAAUCAGGUGUAUGUCUACAUCCCGCGUACCAUAGCCCUUUUGAUUGCACUGAAAGGUUUAAUACCUACAAAAGUUGGCCUAGUUCUCGGAGAAUAUAUAGGGUAUUUCCAUUUUAUGGAGACGUUCACAGGUCGUGCAAAUAAGAUUGAAGACAAUAAAUCUCGGUAAACAGCAACAAAAAUUCCAACUUUGACUUACCUCCUGAAAGUCAGACAUGUGGAACUCCUGUAAUGCCAAUACUUAAUGUGUGUGCCUGAAACAUCAAAGAUAGCAUGACUUGUUAGUAAGAAAUAAAAUUAUUUUUGAAAUUAAUUUCACUGAUGGUGGAAUAGGAGUGAUUUUUAAUUACAACUGUUUUUAGAACCGCUGCUAUGUCCUUGUUGUAUGUAGCUUGUGAAUUAAUAAUUUAUUGCAAUAAAAAUCACUUAAAUCUUGGAACAAAUUUGUAUAUAUUAAGGCUUUUGGAGCUUUACUCUUUCAUGUACAAAUUAAACAGCAAUAAUUUUAAAAACUGUUUUUUCUCAAUAAAUGAUUUAUCUAACUCCUGAA